CUGUUUGCAUAAUGGUUUCAUCCACAAAUGCAAAGAUGGCGGCGCCCAUGUUGUUUUGAACCAGUCUCGAAACAUUUUCCAGUUUAUCGUAUUUUAUGACGAUUUGUACCGCUCUCACGUCAAAUAGAUAAUGCCAAAGUACUACGAGGCAGGUGAAGUUUUGGAUGACAACCGGCCAUGCGCUGGACUGAGGGCGGAUUUGAGGCAGUGUCUUUCCGAAAGCGACUGUAUGAACAAGGAGGGCAGGUCUGCUAAAGAAUGUCUGCACGUGACAAGUUCACUUGACCAGAACUGUAGAGCCAUUGCAAACACAUUCUUUCAGUGUAAAAGAUCACUGCUUGACAACAGGAACAGAUUUCGAGGGAGGAAAGGCUACUGAUGACUCCAUUGAACCACUCUAGCUGCGAGGAGUACAGCAACAUAGACAUAACAAAGACAUUUUAUAAGUAGUUUGAACUACUGUAGUAGCUAUUGUAUUAUAUUGCACAUGUGUGUAUGGGUGUGUAUGUGGCCAGCCUGUUAAGUAAGCUAUGGAGGUUACAUGUAUUGAGUUGACAGCCUAGCAAGAAAUAUAACAAGUUGGCUUGGUGUUUUCAUAAAAUCUCAGAUAGUUAAUAUUUUAAUGUGAGGGCAAAUGACUGUACAUUAUAUAUAGGCCACAUUAUCAUCUUCUUUUUAUCUCCUUUUUAUCUCCUUACUUGUCAUCAUGUUAUAAGGCAGUUUUUCGAAUCCAUGCUGUGUUUUUUUUGCUGAAAAUGAUAUAUCUGAAGCCCAUGACUAUUUUGUGCACUUAACUAUUAAUUGACAACUCUGACAAAUGCUGUUCUUAAUUUUGUUGUAGCCUGUAUUUGCUGAACAAUAAAGAUGACCAAUCCCACAAUAAUGCCAGAACAUCUGGACCUUGAUUCAUCUACUUCUUCUACUAACAGCUUUUACAUUCUACAUACCUGCUUUUGUGGCCUUCAUCAACUACAUGUAGACUACACAAUGCAUAUGCCAAAGUACAAUUUGACUGGAAAUUAAAAACAAAAAAAAACUAUUCCUUAUCAAAAUAAACAAAAAAACAA